AAAUAGCAGCAGGGCAUCCUAUCCAAUUAAGCAAAGAUUUCUAGCAAAAAAUGCCGCCUUAUUUGGUCGCUGAACCACCUUUAUUAGAGGGAACGCAAACUGCUCCCAGUCGUGACGCCCAUCACAUCGUGUGAUUGAAGCUUAGACUCCAAGGUGAAAAAUGGGUGACGCAGCCAUGAAGGAGUUUGGGACUGCUGCUCCUUAUCUGAGAAAAUCAGACAAGGAGCGUCUUGAGGCUCAGACUCGUCCAUUCGACAUGAAGAAGGAAUGCUUCGUCCCUGAUCCUGAGGUUGAGUUUGUGAAGGGGUCCAUCAUCAGUCGAGAAGGUGACAAAGUCACUGUGCAAAAUGAACUGGGGAAGACGGUGACGGUGAAGGAGUGCGAUGUUCACCCUCAGAACCCGCCCAAGUUUGAUAAAAUUGAAGACAUGGCUAUGUUCACGUUCCUCCACGAGCCUGCUGUGCUGUUUAACCUCAAAGAGCGUUACGCAGCAUGGAUGAUCUAUACCUACUCUGGGCUUUUCUGUGUGACUGUCAACCCCUACAAGUGGCUGCCAGUCUACAACCAAGAGGUGGUCGUCGCCUACAGAGGAAAGAAGAGGAGUGAAGCUCCUCCUCACAUCUUCUCCAUCUCUGACAACGCCUACCAGUACAUGCUGGCAGACAGAGAAAACCAGUCCAUCCUGAUCACUGGAGAAUCCGGUGCUGGAAAGACUGUCAACACCAAGCGUGUCAUUCAGUACUUUGCCAGCAUCGCUGCGGUUCCAAGUUCUGGGAAAAAAGACCCAGCUGCGGAGAAGAAGGGCACUCUGGAGGAUCAAAUCAUCCAGGCUAAUCCAGCAUUGGAAGCCUUUGGUAACGCCAAGACAAUCAGGAAUGACAACUCUUCCAGAUUUGGCAAAUUCAUCCGUAUUCACUUUGAUAAUCGAGGAAAGCUGGCGUCAGCUGACAUUGAGACAUACCUCCUAGAAAAGUCUCGUGUGACCUACCAGCUAAAGGCUGAGAGAGACUACCACAUUUUCUACCAGAUACUGUCUCAACAAAAGCCGGAGCUGCUGGAAAUGCUGCUGAUCACAAACAACCCCUAUGACUACGCCUUCAUCUCCCAAGGAGAGACAACAGUAGCCUCCAUUAAUGAUUCAGAGGAGCUGAUGGCCACAGAUGAAGCAUUUGACGUGCUGGGGUUCACUCAAGAAGAGAAGAACAGCAUGUACAAGCUGACUGGUGCCAUCAUGCAUCACGGCAAUAUGAAGUUUAAACAGAAGCAGAGGGAGGAGCAGGCUGAGGCUGACGGCACCGAGGAUGCAGACAAAGUUGCGUAUCUGAUGGGCCUGAAUUCUGCCGACCUCAUCAAGGGUCUCUGUCACCCGAGAGUCAAAGUUGGGAAUGAGUGGGUCACCAAGGGACAAAAUGUUGCUCAGGUAAACUAUGCAGUUGGAGCACUGUCCAAGGCAGUGUACGAGAAGAUGUUUCUAUGGAUGGUGGUUCGUAUUAACCAAUCGCUAGACACCAAACAACCUCGCCAGUACUUCAUUGGAGUACUGGAUAUCGCUGGAUUUGAGAUCUUUGAUUUCAACACCUUCGAGCAGUUGUGCAUCAACUUCACCAAUGAAAAACUGCAACAGUUUUUCAACCACCACAUGUUUGUGCUGGAGCAGGAAGAGUACAAGAAAGAGGGCAUAGAAUGGACCUUCAUAGAUUUUGGAAUGGACCUGCAGGCCUGUAUCGACUUGAUUGAAAAGCCCAUGGGCAUCAUGUCCAUCCUUGAAGAGGAGUGCAUGUUCCCAAAAGCCAGUGAUGCCACUUUCAAAGCAAAGCUCUACGACAACCAUCUGGGGAAAUCUGCAAAUUUCCAGAAGCCCAGAAUCGUGAAGGGAAAACCAGAGGCUCAUUUUGCCCUGAUGCAUUACGCUGGCACCGUUGAUUAUAACAUCAACAACUGGCUGGUGAAGAACAAGGAUCCUCUGAAUGAGACGGUUGUUGGACUUUACCAGAAGUCUAAUCUGAAACUGUUAGCCAUCCUUUUUGCAAAUUAUGCUGGAGCUGAUUCAGUUCAGGAAUCUGGAGGAAAGGGCAAAGGUGGCAGCAAGAAAAAGGGUUCAUCUUUCCAAACAGUGUCAGCGUUGCACCGGGAGAACCUGAACAAGCUGAUGACCAACUUGAGGUCUACUCACCCUCACUUUGUCCGCUGCAUCAUCCCCAAUGAGACCAAGACUCCUGGGGCCAUGGAGAACCCUCUGGUGAUGCACCAGCUGCGCUGCAACGGUGUGCUGGAAGGCAUCAGGAUCUGCAGGAAGGGCUUCCCAAACAGGAUCCUCUAUGGAGAUUUCAAACAGAGGUAUCGUAUCUUGAACCCGAGUGCGAUCCCUGAGGGACAAUUCAUUGACAAUAAAAAAGCGUCUGAGAAGCUUUUGGGUUCCUUGGAUAUCGACCAUAACCAGUACAAGUUGGGACACACCAAGGUGUUCUUCAAAGCUGGGCUCCUGGGUCUGCUCGAAGAGAUGCGAGAUGAUCGACUAGCUCUCAUUAUAACCAGGAUCCAGGCAAGAUCUCGAGGUGUGCUGGCAAGAAUUGAAUUCCAGAAGAUUGUGGAACGCAGGGACGCACUACUUGUGAUCCAGUGGAACAUCCGAGCUUUCAUGGGGGUGAAAAAUUGGCCCUGGAUGAAGAUGUACUUCAAAAUCAAACCUUUAUUGAAGUCUGCAGAAACUGAAAAGGAAAUGGCGAACAUGAAGGAAGAGUUUGCAAAGCUUAAAGAAGCUUUCGCAAAAUCAGAAGCUAGAAAAAAGGAACUGGAAGAAAAAAUGGUCACACUUCUCCAAGAGAAGAACGACCUGCAGCUUCAAGUUCAAGCUGAGCAAGACAAUCUAUGCGAUGCAGAAGAAAGAUGUGAAGGUCUGAUCAAGAGCAAAAUACAGCUGGAGGCCAAAAUUAAAGAGCUCACUGAGAGACUGGAGGAUGAAGAAGAAAUGAAUGCAGAGCUGACCGCAAAAAAGAGAAAGCUGGAGGAUGAAUGUUCUGAGCUAAAGAAGGACAUUGAUGAUUUGGAGUUAACUUUGGCAAAAGUGGAAAAAGAAAAGCAUGCCACUGAGAAUAAGGUUAAAAACCUGACUGAGGAGAUGGCAGCUCUGGAUGAGAUCAUUGCCAAGCUGACCAAGGAGAAGAAAGCAUUACAGGAAGCCCACCAGCAAACACUGGAUGACCUGCAGAGUGAAGAAGACAAAGUCAACACUCUGACCAAGGCCAAGACCAAGCUGGAACAGCAAGUCGAUGAUCUGGAAGGAUCCCUUGAGCAAGAGAAAAAAGUGAGGAUGGAUCUUGAAAGGUCAAAGAGAAAGCUUGAAGGCGACUUGAAACUGGCUCAUGAAAGUGUCAUGGACCUGGAAAACGACAAACAGCAGCUGGAAGAGAGGCUGAAGAAGAAAGAUUUCGAAAUCAGCCAACUAAAUGGUAAAAUAGAAGAUGAGCAGGUCAUGAGUGCCCAGCUCCAGAAAAAGUUGAAGGAGUUGCAGGCUCGCAUCGAGGAGCUGGAGGAAGAGCUGGAGGCAGAGCGAGCUGCCCGAGCCAAAGUGGAGAAGCAGAGAGCUGACUUGGCAAGGGAGCUUGAAGAGAUCAGUGAGCGUCUGGAGGAGGCUGGCGGAGCAACAUCUGCUCAGAUUGAGAUGAACAAGAAGAGGGAAGCCGAGUUCCAGAAGCUGCGCAGAGACCUCGAAGAGGCCACUCUGCAGCACGAGUCCACUGCUGCGACACUGAGGAAGAAACAGGCCGACAGUGUGGCUGACCUCGGAGAGCAGAUCGAUAACCUGCAGAGAGUCAAGCAGAAACUGGAGAAGGAGAAGAGCGAGCUCCGCCUGGAACUGGAUGACGUGGUUUCCAAUAUGGAACAUAUUGUGAAGUCAAAGAAUAAUUUGGAGAAAAUGUGUCGUACUCUGGAAGACCAGAUGAACGAAUAUAAGACGAAAGCAGAAGAAGGGCAGCGCACCAUCAAUGACUUCUCCAUGCAGAAGGCCAAACUGCAAACUGAAAAUGGGGAGCUGGCUCGGCAGCUGGAGGAGAAGGACUCCCUGGUGUCCCAACUGACCAGAGGAAAACAAUCCUACACUCAGCAGAUCGAAGACAUUAAAAGACAGCUGGAGGAGGAAGUGAAGGCCAAGAAUGCACUAGCACAUGCAGUUCAGUCGGCCCGUCAUGACUGUGACCUGCUCAGAGAGCAGUACGAGGAAGAACAAGAAGCCAAAUGUGAGCUGCAGCGUGGCAUGUCCAAGGCUAACUCCGAGGUGGCUCAGUGGAGGACUAAGUAUGAAACUGAUGCUAUCCAGAGGACCGAGGAACUGGAGGAGGCCAAAAAGAAGUUAGCCCAGCGUCUCCAGGAAGCUGAGGAGGCUGUUGAGGCAGUCAAUGCUAAAUGCUCUUCUCUGGAGAAGACCAAACACAGACUGCAGAAUGAGAUCGAAGAUCUCAUGGUCGAUGUGGAGAGAUCUAAUGCUGCUGCUGCUGCCCUGGACAAGAAGCAAAGAAACUUUGACAAGGUCCUGGCAGAAUGGAAACAGAAAUAUGAAGAGUCACAGUGUGAAUUGGAGAGUUCUCAGAAGGAAGCCAGAGGGCUGAGCACUGAGCUCUUCAAGCUGAAGAACUCUUAUGAAGAAUCUCUUGAACACCUUGAAACAUUGAAGAGAGAAAACAAGAACCUACAGGAUGAAAUAUCAGAUCUCACUGAGCAAAUUGCUGAAGGAGGAAAAAAUAUUCAUGAGCUUGAGAAGAUAAGAAAAGUACUGGAACAGGAAAAGACUGAGAUACAAACUGCUUUGGAGGAAGCAGAGGCAACACUGGAGCAUGAGGAGGGUAAGAUUCUUAGAGCCCAACUGGAAUUCAGUCAGGUGAAGGCAGACAUUGAACGCAAGCUGGUGGAGAAAGAUGAAGAGAUGGAGCAGUUCAAGAGGAACAUGCAGAGGAAUAUUGACACCCUGCAGAGUUCACUGGAAUCUGAGUGCCGCAGCAGGAACGAGGCCAUACGUUUGAAGAAGAAGAUGGAAGGAGACCUGAAUGAGAUGGAGAUCCAGUUGAGCCAAGCCAACAGGCAGGCAGCUGAGGCCCAAAAGCAGCUCAAGUCUGUUCAUGCUCAUCUGAAGGAUAUUCAAUUGCAACUGGAUGAAUCUCUACGAGCCAAUGAUGACCUGAAGGAGAACAUUGCAAUCGUUGAGAGACGCAAUAACCUGCAACAGGCAGAACUGGAGGAACUCAGAGCUGCUCUUGAGCAAACUGAGAGAAGUCGCAAACUUGCUGAGCAAGAGCUUCUGGAUGUUACUGAGAGAGUUCAGCUACUGCACUCACAGAACACAAGUCUCAUAAACCAAAAGAAGAAGCUGGAGGCUGAUGUAUCCCAGCUUCAGACUGAGGUUGAAGAUGCAGUCCAGGAGUGUAGAAAUGCAGAGGAGAAGGCCAAAAAGGCCAUCACUGAUGCUGCCAUGAUGGCUGAGGAGCUCAAGAAAGAGCAGGACACCAGUGCUCACCUGGAGCGCAUGAAGAAGAACAUGGAGCAAACCAUCAAAGACCUGCAGCACCGUCUGGACGAAGCUGAGCAGAUCGCCAUGAAGGGAGGAAAGAAGCAGCUCCAGAAGCUUGAGGCCAGGGUCAGAGAACUGGAAAAUGAGGUAGAAAGUGAACAGAAGAAGGCUGGCGACGCUCUGAAAGGAAUUAAAAAAUAUGAAAGACGCAUCAAAGAGCUCACUUAUCAGAAUGAGGAAGAUCGGAAAAAUUUGGUGCGCCUUCAAGAUCUGGUGGACAAGCUCCAACUUAAGGUCAAAUCCUACAAGAAAGCUGCAGAGGAUGCUGAGGAGCAAGCCAACAGUAAUCUAACAAAGAGUCGUAAGCUUCAACACGAGCUUGAUGAAGCUGAAGAGCGAGCAGACAUUGCCGAGUCGCAGGUCAACAAGCUGCGGGCCAAGAGUCGCGAUGUGGGCUCAAGGAAAGGACAUGAUGAAGAGUGAUGAUCCCUGAUGACUUUUUUUUUUCUGUGAGGCACCUUUUGCUGUGUAAUGUGCCGCCCUAUGCAUGACGUGGUUGAGUAGAAUAAAAGAAAUGAGCAAG